AUGUCUUCCAGGAAUCGCGGACGUGGCAACUCGAGCCAGGACGCUGAUGAGGAGCGGCGGCUAUGGAAGGAGAUCCAGGAGCGGGCUCGUGAGGUCGAUACUAUGGUGGCGAGAUCAAAUGCCAUCGGUCACGAGAUUAUAGAUCUGGAGAAGGAACAAGCAGCAUUGUUAAAUGCUGACAAACCUGCUUCGGCUUCAAUCGAUGAGAAGCUGGAGAAGCUGUAUCGUGAGAAUGUUAAGAUCACUGAAGAUGUCAAGCACACACUCGAAGGCCAAAGCAACGGCAUGAACCUCCUCGACAGCCUCCAAGUCCUCGCCGGCCUUAGAACAGCCAGCGAAGAAUCAGCAGCCCAACAUCAGUCUUCGCAACCCUCUCGCUCAGCCUCCGGCAAACUCGCACGACCUAAGAAGUCCGCGCCAGCCAGGAACGCAGGCGCAAGCACGCCAGCCGCAGCCAGCACGGAGAACGGAGGCGACACCGAAGCUUCUGCCGCUCCAUCACCAAGGUUAAACCUAAACUUGACAGCCAGCAGACUCAACGCCAAAGACGGCAAAGCCUCCCGCGCCGGCAGCGUGGCGGCCACACGCGAAGCAAGCGUCAAAAUCGAACAAGACGGCGCCGAAAGCGUCGCAAGCAGCAACACCGACGCCCCCUCCAUCUCCACCGGCGCUGGCACGAACAACAACGGCGGCGGCAGCGCAACGAAACCAUCCGCCUCAGCUGCAAACCGUCCAGGAAACAGACCAGUCCUCAAACUCGGCGAAGUCGUCUUCUGCCGCCACGACUUCAAAGCCCUCAAACCCAACUCGGCCGAAACGCCCGAAGGCGAAGGGAUCCUCUGCAGCGUCACCAACGUCAUCGGCGAAGGCAAACAGCGCCGCUACGAGGUCCAGGACGCGGAUACCUCGGACAACCCGCCCCCGCCACAACGGGCGAGCGUGGCACAACUAAUUCAGAUACCCGAGAGUAAUAAGGGGUUGUCGGAUUUGGCGAAGGGGAGAGGAGUCCUGGCGCAGUAUCCGGAUACGACGACUUUUUAUAAGGCCGAAGUGCAGGAGUUUUGGAAGGGGAGGGGGGUGGGGAGUGAGGGGGAGCCGGGGUUGGUGAGGUUGAAUUUUCAGGAUGAUGUUGAGAGGAGGGAGGUGGAGAGGAGGUUUGUUUUGACGGAGAAGUAG